AUGAAUUCUAUGUAAAUAAUAUAAUCAGAAGAUGAAGAUGAAGAUGAAGAUGAAGAUGAAGAUGAAGAUGAAUAUGAAGAUGAAGAUGAAGAUGAAGAUGAAGAUGAAGAUGAAGAUGAAGAUGAAGAUGAAGAUGAAGAUGAAGAUGAAGAUGAAGAUGAAGAUGAAGAUGAAGAUAAAAAUUAAAAUUAUUAAGUAAAAUAUAAACAAAGAACAAAAUAUUAAUAAAUUUUAGGAAUUAACACGGAUAUAUGA